AGUUUAAGAAAUUCAUCAUUCAAGUAUGCGCAACUGAUAGAUUCAUCGAAGUUCAAUAUGCAGGAAAUGACGAGGAAAAAGCAACUUAUUUGUGUUGGUAAUGAAAUUCUGAACAGGGUCAAAAGGCUAGUCAGAAUAUCCUCGACAUAAUUUUCGUCAUGUAGUUCUUUUCUGAUCUUUCAGAAGUGCGUUUCAGUGCGGCAUUAUUGAGAAAUUUUUUUAUAGCGAUAGUCAUAAUAUCGACAUGAAGGAAUUCAUGGAACAGAAUAAUAGCAAUAGCAACGAAAAUAAUAAUGAAAUAAAGAAACGUUCCAUGAAAUGGACUGCCGUUCUAUUUUAUAUCUAUCUUCACGUUUUUGGAUUUGUUGGAUUAUAUUUUUUAUUCAUCAAGGCGAAAUGGAUGACAGUAUUCUACUUUUUAUUUCUCAUCACGACUAGUUUCAUAGGACUGACAGCGGGAGCUCACAGACUAUAUGCACAUCAAACAUAUGUUGCCACAUCACAAAUCAGAUUCUUUAUAAUGCUUGCACACACUAUCGCAGGCGUGGGUUCGAUAUAUGACUGGGUAUUUUGGCAUAGGAUGCAUCAUAAAUAUCAUGGUACCGAGAGAGAUCCGUACAAUCAUAACAAAGGUUUCUUUUACUCUCACGUAAUCAGUAAUCUCUUGUCAGUACCUUCUGAUAUAAAAACAUACGCGAGAGACAUUGAUAUGCGUGAUGUAGACAUGGACGGAUAUAUUUGGACACAACGGAAGUUCUACUGGAUACUCUUCAUUGUACUCGGAUUUCUGUUGCCUAUUCACGCAGCUGUAGUAUAUUGGAAUGAAUCAUAUACAAAUUCAUUUAUGAUUAUUGGUGCAGCGCGAUUAUUAAUAACAACAAAUAUUUCUUGGCUAGUAAACAGCGCCUUGCUGGUUUGGGGCCUGAAGAAAGGAGACAAAUUUCCGGUUGAUGACAAUUCUGUUUUUUUCCUAUCGAAGUCUUAUUGGCUGAAUUAUCACUAUAUGCUGCCAUGGGACUGGAAAAACAAUGAAUUCGGUUCUUAUGAAAGAGGAUUCAUCACAUUUAUCCUCAAAAUGUGGUACGAACUCGAUCUUAUCAAUCAACUGAAGACUGCUACCUGCGAUGAUGUGCGAGAAGCUCUUUACAAAGUGGCCUCAUCGGAGAUGACAAUGGAUGAAGCUUUGGCGGAAGUAAAACAGAAUGCAGAAGAAGUCGCUUAUAAGGAGAAGCUGAUGUAUCGUCACUAAAAAAAUUAAUUUAGAAGAAAAUAAAUUAAUGUUUGUAAUUUAAUAUAUUAUAUAUACAG